CUUUGUUAAUUUUUCUUGUCUCAGUUGUUUUGUGAACCGUGACAAUUGUAUUUUAUCCGUUGAUUAUAAAAGCAGUUUGAUAAAAUAGUUUUCAGCGAUACUUAAUUAUACGUUGCGCAUAUAAGUGUGAGCUGAAAAAAAAGUUUAAAAUGCGUGAGUGCAUAUCUGUACACGUUGGACAAGCUGGAGUGCAAAUUGGAAACUCUUGUUGGGAGCUUUAUUGCUUAGAGCAUGGAAUUCAACCUGAUGGUCAAAUGCCAUCAGAUAGUACUGUUGGGCGUUGCGAUGAUUCAUUUAACACAUUCUUUAGCGAAACUGAUUCUGGAAAGCAUGUUCCACGAGCAAUUUUUAUUGAUCUUGAACCAAGCGUUAUCGAUGAAGUAAGGACAGGAGCAUAUAGAUCGCUGUACCAUCCAGAGCAAUUGAUCUCUGGUAAAGAGGAUGCUGCAAACAAUUAUGCAAGAGGUCAUUAUACUGUGGGAAAAACGUAUAUUGACCAAACACUAGAUCGUAUUCGAAAACUGUCAGAGGCAUGUACAGGGCUUCAAGGAUUUUUAAUUUUUCAUUCAUUUGGUGGUGGUACUGGAUCAGGUUUUUCUUCUCUUUUGAUGGAACGAUUGUCCGUUGAUUAUGGAAAAAAAUCCAAAUUAGAGUUUGCAGUUUAUCCUGCUCCUCAGGUAUCAACUGCCGUUGUUGAGCCUUACAAUUCUGUUUUAACUACACACACAACGCUAGAACAUUCUGAUUGCGCCUUCAUGGUUGAUAACGAAGCUAUUUACGACAUAUGUAAAAGAAAUUUGGAUAUUUCGCGUCCAACAUACACCAAUUUAAACAGAUUAAUUAGUCAAAUUGUUUCCAGCAUUACCGCCUCACUUCGUUUUGAUGGGUCGUUAAAUGUAGAUUUGACUGAAUUUCAAACUAAUCUUGUACCAUAUCCCAGAAUUCAUUUUCCUAUGGCUACAUAUGCUCCUAUUAUGUCUGCUGAAAAAGCGCAUCAUGAACAAGUAAGUGUUCAAGAUAUAACAAAUGCUUGUUUUGAACCUCAGAAUCAAAUGGUAAAGUGUGAUCCACGUCAUGGUAAAUACAUGUCAUGCUGUUUGCUUUAUCGUGGAGACGUUGUUCCAAAAGAUGUUAAUGUAGCUAUUGCUGCCAUUAAGACUAAGCGCUCUAUCCAAUUUGUUGAUUGGUGUCCAACAGGAUUUAAGAUUGGUAUAAACUAUCAACCGCCUUCAGUUGUACCAGGUGGAGAUUUGGCUAAAGUUAGCAGAGCAGUCUGCAUGCUUAGUAACACUACUGCAAUAGGCGAGGCUUGGAAGCGUCUUGAUCGUAAAUUUGAUCUUAUGUUUGCAAAACGUGCUUUUGUUCAUUGGUAUGUUGGCGAAGGGAUGGAAGAAGGUGAGUUUUCGGAGGCAAGAGAAGAUAUGGCUGCAUUGGAAAAAGAUUAUGAAGAAGUAGGAACAGAUAGUGUCACUAACGAUGACGAUGAUGACGAAAAAUAAAAAACUUCGUUAUAACGUUUUGUUAAAAAUUAUAUAAAUAAAUAUAUGCAAAUAUAUUUUUCAAAA